AUGGGGUAUAAUCAUCCCGUGCGCAAGAUGGAUCGGGAGAAGCUUAUGAAGAUGGCCACUGCCGUCCGCACCGGCGGCAAGGGCACUGUUAGGAGAAAGAAGAAGGCCGCUCAUAAGACGACGACCACCGACGACAAGAGGCUAUCAAGCACUCUGAAGCGCCUCGGAGUGAACACGAUUCCUGGGAUUGAGGAGGUUAACAUUUUCAAAGACGACACGGUCCUCCAUUUCUCCAACCCUAAGGUGCAAGCGUCCAUCGGAGCUAACACAUGGGUUGUCAGUGGCGUUCCUCGGGAGAAGAAUCUCCAAGAAUUGCUGCCUGGCAUCAUUAACCAGCUUGGCCCUGAUAACUUGGCUGGACUGAAAAAGAUUGCUCAGGAGUACCAGAAGGCGGGUGAGGCUGCCGCUGCUGCCGGAGCUGCUGCUGAGGAUGACGACGAGGUGCCAGAGCUUGUUGAGGGGGAGAACUUUGAGGAUACUUCCAAAAAGGAGCCAGCAGCUGCAGAGGCUUGA